AUGAAGAGAGUAACAUGUGUUUGCUUAGCUUUUACAUCCCUGUUAUUGCAGUGCUAUUUCCUUUUUCUGCUUCAAAAGCAGUCUGUUUACAUCAGAAAACUUCACGAGGCUCAACCGGAAGGUACGUUCGUUGAAUUUCUAAACUUAAAUGGGCUCGAUAUGGCCGCCACAUCAAUCGAAAUUAAAAACACUCGAAAAUUCGGCUUGCACUAAUCCACAACGACAACUACAGUCUUUAUUUGCAUUUAAACCAUAUAUACAUAGAUGGUAUUAUAUACACAUAUGAAAAAGAAAAGAUCUUUUUUGAGAGAGAAAAGAAAAUGUCUCGUCAAGUAUUUAUGAGAUUUCGGGAAAUAAGCGUUAAGAGAACUCGACAGACUUCGGCGUAAGAACAACAAGGGGAAAACUAACUCUGCAAAAUCGCUUGGCUAGCGGGAAAGGAACUCGUCACUAUUCCAAGGUACUAGGAUCUGCUACAACUGGAAACAGGACAGGACUCAAACUUGGACUUCAACAAUUUAAUCUUCAGCUCGUGAACAUAAAAAAUACAGUCAAGUAAAUCCGCAAUGUAAAAUCGUACAAGCAUGUUUCUCCGCAAUGUAAAUCGUACAAGCAUGUAACUCCGCAAUGUAAAUAGAAAAACGGGAAUAACAGCUAGUACUCUAUUUAUACUAACGGAUCAACUUAUUACAACAUCACAAAACAAAUAUGGAAAGAAGGCUGAAUAAAAUCAGUUAUAACAUAGCUAGAAAAUUCGCCUAAUCAAAUUCAAUAGCGCGAGCGUGCUUCAUAUUCCUAUUGAGCACGCUGAUGACGUCAAUAAACUAUUCGUAAUUCCUCGAGUUGUUGGGAGCUUAGCAAUCCUGAGUCUCCCGAGUGCAUCCAUAACUCAGCAAUAGACAAUGAAGCGUUUACCAUGUGUUUUAUAAGGAAAUUUAAGAGGAAAGGUUUGAAUUUGUUAACCGAUAGUAAGGAAAAGAGGUGAGUGUUGUUGUUGUCAUCUCGGCGAGCUGUGCGGGCUAUGGCGUGAGAUCAUUCUUUGCAAAGUUGUUUUCUCUCAAUAACAAUUUUUCGGUAAAUUAAAAGUUUUCCGGCACCUAAAUAUGGAUUUUGCAAUCAUUUUAGAGUACACUUUCUCUCAGUUUCAGGAUAAAAACAUAAGAUUAACUGUGAGGAAAAAAAAAUAUAGUCACGUAAUCAUUAACGCGUACUGCUUAAAAUUUUCAGUUAACUGCUGCAUUGAUCGCUUUGAUAAUGUUAUAAAACAAUUAGUUCAUGCUGCAGCUGUGCGUAUGUCGAGAUAUUGAGCACUUGGGAAGUUUGGAGAGCACUCAAAAGGCUAGAGUUGCACUCGGCUGCGCCUCGUGCAACUCUUACGCCUCUUUCGUGCUCUCCAAACUUCCCGCGUGCUCAAUAUCUCGACAUACGCACGCUGCCGCAUGAACUAAUUGUUAACUGAACAAUGAAAACAAAUCUGGAUAAAAUCAGUUUAAAGUUCCUACGUUAAACUAAAUAGCUCAAAAUUAAAUGUCAGUCCGGCAAGCACGUGAAUUUAGGAAAUUUACAAAGAAAGCUGUGUAAAAGAAUUAGAAUUUUCUUUGCUCAGGAUCCCCUAAAAUGUCAAAACUAAAAACUAUGAACGGUUGGUAUUUAAACAGGAGAAAGUUGUUGAGUGACUAAGCUGUAUAAUUAUUCAGAAACUAUCUGUUUAAAAGUAAACAUUAAAGUAAAAUGUGUAAUUUUAAGAGAACUAAAACAACUCAAUGCAAAUUCAAUGUAAAUUACGGCUAACACAACUUCAAAGGGAAUAUUUAAAAGCUAGAUAUGAAAUUCGAAUCACAUAAAGAAUACAUGAGAAAUCUCUCCUUACAUUAUUACCCGCAGUUAGUUUUCUUUCGAGACAUGGUUUGUGUAAAAAAAUUGAAAAGAGCAAGACGAAAACAAAACAACUAAAACAGUCUUUGAAUUUAAUGGUUACUAGGCUAAGUACUGCGUGUUCCGCGUACCCAACUGUGCAUUCGAAAAACUUCGCACAAAACAUAAUACACAGGAGCGAACUAAGGAAAAAUAGAUGCAUGUCGAGAAACUUUGCACAAAACGUAAUACAAAGGCACAAACAAAGCUCUCAUAUACUGCGAAGAAGAUAAAGAAAAACAUGCGACAAUGUAUUUUAUAACAUAACAAAAGUAAAUAGCGCGCUGUGAUUGGUCAGUUAGCCACUACCAUUUGCCAGUGGGUGCACGCCAAGAAACUGAGCUAGCGCGGUAAAAUUUAGGCAAAUUCAACAAAUCUCCUCUCCCGACGGGAAAAUACACCGAUGAAAUGCACAGAUGAAAAGUGGAAGUUGAAGAAAAUACUAAGCUGUCGUUUUGAAGGAAAAAAGACAAAAGAUCAAGCGACUAAUUUGCCCUGGAUGAAUUAAUCACUGUUUUCCUCGCGGCUAGAAUCGGCUGAAGGAAAAUCGAGCGAGCGAAGAUUUUAAGGUACCUUUGUGUGUUUUUUAUAGAAGAGAAAGUCUGUUUGAAAUGUAAAUUUAUCAAUUAGCAUCAUGUGUUAUUGACUUUUUGGUCAAGCUGAUGCUAAAUUCAAGCAAAUAUUUUAGGAAACACGCUCAAAUUACAGACAGCUUUGUUGCGAAGUUUUCAUCGCAUCGAUUAAAAAUUUUAGUUGAGUUUAAACGGGCACAUUACGCUGGAAUAAGCGAAUUUCAUUUGAGUACAGAAACAUUUGGGUUUUCAAAUAAAUUUUUCAAAAAAUAACUUCUGUGUGUAUUAUUUUGUUCCUCAGUGUUCAUUCAUAACAGUCGUUCAGAGAACGGUCGAAAAACAACAGCUUCAGCGCCGGCUGUGUGUCGGCGAAUUUCAGUUUCAACUUUGACUUUCAUAGCUUGAUUUCCCCAGACAGAUUUCGAUACAAAGCUAGUUAAUUUCUUUUUAAAAUUAGUGUUACCUGUUAUUCUAAAGGAAUUACAGUCAAAUUUUCUCAUUUCUACUUUACGUUUAUUUCAAAAAUUGUCACAAAUAUAAGCUUGAUAAUUAUUUCAUUUAUUUAGUUUUAGUUGGUGUUUAUAGCUGCAGCUAUAGUUUUCCCUCAAAGUUUUUACCCUAAUAUUAAGAGCAAGUAGACAGAUGCCAUUCAGAAUAACAACGAAAAACGUUUUGCAAUUUACCUGAAGACGGAGAACGGUUGAUUCAGCGAAAGAAAAACUCAAAGGCAAGUUUUUGAAAAACAUAGAACAUGAUUUGUUUACGCGCGGGCAGAUGGCAGCAUACAUGAACUCGUACCGAUGACUCAACCGAAGGCAAAUGGAAAAUAAUGUUUUUCUCUUUUGAUUAUGUUAUAAAAGAAAUGGUAAACGUUGCAGCUGUGCAACCAUGGAGUUAUGGAUGCACUUGGGAGGUUUGCUAAGCACGAAAGAAGCGUAAGAGUCGCACGAGGCGAUAGCCGAGUGCGACUCUAGCUUCUUCUCAAGAAGCUAGAGUCGCACUCGGCUAUCGCCUCGUGCGACUCUUACGCUUCUUUCGUGCUUAGCAACCUCCCGCGUGCAUCCAUAACUCCAUGGUUGCACGCUGCACGUUUACCAUUUCUUAAGUAUAUUUAACGACGAAACAGUACCGCCGGCAGCUGAACCUACCUUCAUACAGGAAACUUAUGACGUACAGCUUGUGUCUGUUUUCAUUUGUUUUGAAAUCGUGUAAGUUACUUGAAGAUCUUCACAAGGGACAUCUAUCCAAGACAUUUAAGGAGGCUUAAUUUCAAGCAAAACGCAGACAAAACUUUGAUUGCCAACAAGCCAUCCGAGCGAAGACGCUCGGAAAAUGGAAUUUUCUCCCUAAGAAAAAUACGCAUGAUUUGCUCGUUGGCACUCUAUCGAUAGGUAUACUUAAUUCAAUACCUAUUUUCACCUCUUUAUCGCACUCCAAUCUUGAAAUUAGACGAGAUGUGUUAAGCCAAAACCGUACCGUGGCGCAAAAAGCACGCUAUUGGGUUUGAUUUAUCAAAGGAAAAAAAUUUUACAACGUGAGACCUUACAGCCAGCAUACUGCACGCGAUUUAAAAGGGUCAAAUAGAGGCUCAUAGAACUGAAGUCUUAGCGUAUUGUAAGCCAACUGUAAGCUGACAUUUUGUAUUCUCUAUGUGUAUACUAAGUUAUCUCUAAUUAUAACAUUUGGUCGAUAUGUCCUUUUUUAUACUUUCAUCUUUUUGGUGGAUUUCUAAAGUGCACUGUCACAACUAAAUUCUUUAAAUUCAUCCCUGGACUCUCGUUUAACAACACUUUUCAGUGUGUUCUUACGCUAGAUCAAGAUUAUAUAGCAGGUGUUUCAACACGAAAAUUUGCAUUUAAGGUGUUAUGCUGUCUUAUUUGAGAUUUCAGACAUUACUCAAGUCGCUUACUCCCUCAGCAGGGACAGUAGCGCGUUACCGAGGGGGUAUAAAGCGACUCGAAGUAAUGUUAGAAAUUCAUGCUGGUCUAGGAGAAAGCUCCCGCUUAGCCUGAUGUGUACAGAAGCCCCCUCCCCAGGGGCGUCUGUACACAGGUUCACUGGCGACGGAGUCGGAGUCGGAAUCGCAGGCGGAGACGUAAAAUCUCUUAGGACCUUGUGAAAAUCUAGAAUCGGAGUCGCAAGCGGAGUCAUAAGCUUAAAGGAAUCGGUGCAGGAAGAAUCAGAACGUGUCCAUUUUUUCCGACUCUGCUUAAUUGAAUCCGUCGCUUCGUUCCCCUCGUGGCCUAGUGAGAACCAGACUGAGUCGGAAGCAGAAGCGGAAGGACAAACCAUUAAAAAAAUCCAUGUUCUCACGCUUUGUGACUGGUUCAGUUCUUCCGCUUCUGCUUGCGACUCCAACGACUCAGUUUUUACUUGAUCGUAAACUACAGAGUCAUAAGCGGAAUCAGAACGCUGUUUUCACUGGAUCGUGAAGUUCUAUGUAAAAAUAAUCAUAACCAGAAGCCCAGAACGGAAAGGCUUUUGAGGCCCCCAAACCUUUAAAAAGGUUGCAUGACUUAGAAACCAUUCAAGCUAUGACCGCCAAAUUUAGGGAAUUUUACUUAAAUUUGUCUAGGAGCAUUUGUACUAGAGUAGUCAACAAUAUUUACGUUACCAUGGCAAUCGAGGUUUUACCAGCAUGGUUUUCAAAUUCUGCAUUAUACACCUAAUUUAGCAUCAUUUUAUUAAACCUAUUAUAACUGUUGAUGCCCAGGCUUUUUGGUGACUAAUUUGAGAAAAAACAAACUAACUAACUAACUAACAAAAAAACAUGAAAGUGUCAAAAUCAUUUCAUUUUAAAAUCAUGAGGCCGAGUAAGAUAUGGCCGAGGUGGAUAACACCCUCCUCGAUCUGCUUAAUUCUUCAUAUCCUACGAAAGCUGAAUUCAUUAAUUGCUUUAUUAUUGUCUUCUUGCCGUUUUUGCCAUGUUUUUAGCUAUUAUUUCGCCUAGUUCCAGAGAGUGUAAUGUCCGCCAUUUUUUUUCACAACCAAAAGAACUCAACCUUGUCCCCAGGUCUUCUCGGUAACGGUGCCUUAACCUGUAGCAGGCUGCAUUUUUGCAGGAGCCGAUUGCUCCUGAGUUUUGACGUCAUUUCCUCGUUAAACACAAAAUUCUUCCAAAUUUGGUCAUCAGUAACUGGUUAUGGUGAAUUAUGCGUGUGCUUUUAGCCAAUCAGAAUUUGGGAAAUAUUUUGAAUGAAUAAUAUGGAGUAUUAUGUGAUGCCCAGGGGGCACGAGGACGAUCUGAGACACUCGCAUCAGUAUUUACGCGCGCUUUUCGAGCUAAUUUUUUGAGUUUUCCUAGGAAAAGAUUGUAAUGGGAGAAAAGAUCGUUGUGCCGUGUUUGGAUGUAAUAAUGAUCGCCUUUUUCCCAAGAAGUAUACAUUGAAGUUCUCUUUUUGCCCGAAAAGCGCGCGUAAAUACUGACUGAGUGUCCCCUGAUACUUCUUAAAUCUAAUAAAUUCAAUAUGGCCGCCGUAUCAGUAAAAAGUUCUAUUACCUCUAUGUGUUGAAAAUGGAAUACAUUCAAUUGAUUCAAAAUGGCAGAUUUAGUAAUGAUUUGGAGGUAGCACGUCCACAAAGUGGUUCUUCGUCUACCUGAUUCCUGGUCGAAUUGGAAUUUGGAAAUGUUGGUUUUUGAGGAGAGGGGAAAACCGGAGUACCCGGAGGAAAACCUCUCGGAGCAAAGGAGGGAACCAACAACAAACUCAACCCACAUAUGGCGUCGACGCCGGGAUUUGAACCCGGGCCACAUUGGUGGGAGGCGAGCGCUCUCACCACUGCGCCAUCCCUUGCUCCCCCAAAGAUGAUUUAAGAUGAUCCAGAUCCAGAUCCUUCUUUAAUAACAAAUGACGCCAUCAUAGCGUCACUAGCGAUUGUCAAAGAUUAUUUUGAAAUAUGUUAGCCAACCUUAUUAGUUGAUUUGGGAAAAAUGAUGGCAUUUGGGUUCUGCCAAUCAAGGAAUUCAACAAUAAUGUCGUCAUUAUCAAGCUGCAUUACGUCACUGUGUCAAUGAAAUUAUACCUAGAUGCUGAAAAUGAUAAGUUCUCCGUAGUGGAGGACCAAUAGUAAAUUCUCGCAUGUAAUUAUGUUUAAAAAUUCUCGGGGUGGAUUAAUUGAAAAAAGAAGCUGUAAUUUCAAACUGAAAUGCUCAAGGAAAUUAAGGCAUGGGUGUUUUUCAAUUUCCCUAAAAAAGUCAAGGGGUGGUCUAUAUUUUGAGGAUUAAGGCCUAUAGGUACAAAACUUGAGUAGAAUAAUGACUAUCAAAAGUUUUUGCGAUUCCGGGUAAAAAAAAUAUUUAAAUUAGGUCACGUGACCUUUAACGGCCAUUUUGCGCGAGAAGAACUUAAAUUAGAAAUGGCACCAUUUUAUAAUAGCAGCCAAUCAAAGAAAUUGCAACCAAACAUGUCCCUAGAUGAACGAAUAGACAUCUGUGCCCGGGCUUUGUUGAAUAAUUUAUUGCAAGUGUAAAUCAAUGGAAUGUUGCACUAGUACCCAGUCCCCUUAUCAAACGAUUUUUGAAUUUCGGUGCUGUCUAAAAUAUUAACCUAAAAGGCCCGGACACAGAAAUGAUGUACCCACUAGUCUCAUAACUAUGAGGAUAACUGCAACUUAUAGAAAGUAAUUAAAAAUGGUGCCAUAUCGCCAAAAAGAUUUUUGUGCUAAAAAUAGCCUUAACUAUGAUAGUUAACGUGACAAUUAGUACUUAUACCCAGGAAGUUUGUCUUUAAGUUAUUUUGCGCUAUAUUGAAGGCUUAAGAAGUUAGACCACCCCCUCCUGCUUUUGAGGAAUUAAAUAGAAGACCCAUGCCUUAAUUUUCUUGAACGGAAAACGCGCUUGAGUGAGGAGAAAAAAAUAAAUAAUUCUUUCAGUGUUUUCCCUCUUCAAGAAAUCAGUCAAACUUUUUAUGUCUAAAAACAUGACAAAUGGACGUCUAACUUGUCAACCUGUGAAUAGUCUUGUAUAUCAAGAGCACAACGUUUUCCUCGCGAGUUUUCCAUCAAAUCGUCGGUUUUUGAACGAAAUCGUGUAAGGCUGACCAACCUCGUCCCCAGGAUUUUUCUCGCUUGGAAAGCGAGAAGACCCUGGGAUCGAGGUUGACGGCUGACAGGCUCGAUUACCAGCCUCUGACCGAGAGAGCGGCGGGAAUCGAGCCCAAGACCAUUUGCGAGCCUGAGAAUCCACGGAAAUGAUGACGGUAUGCCAUAGGUUUCGUCAGCAAAACAAAAACUCUGAACUUACUGCACACUUUUUGGCAGAUUCCUUUGCCGCCAUCUUACACCUAAUUUUGAAUCUAUCUUUAAAACGAAUAACAUAACAGUUUUCUUUGUCAUAGGCAAAAAUGUCAGACGUUUUCUUUGUUUUUUUUGUGCUUGUUGUCAGGAGAAAGGAUCUCAAUUGAACAAAAAGAAAAUGGUCUUAGGCCAGGUUAGAGGUAAUUGAAAAUCCAUCAAAGAGUUCUUUUCUUUUAUUGUUUCCCUGAGAAUCUCUUGAGAUAAUUUUUCAACUCAAGUCAAUUUAUGGGUCUCUUAAACUACGUUGAUGGUUCAGAUAUUUGUUUAUUCCACAGUGUGUAAGUGAACUCGCGACUUCUGGUCAGUGAAUGUUCCCCCUUCCGAUCUCUUUUCUUAGUUUACUCACGAACUUUAUCAAUUUGAGCUAAGAUAAUAUCUGUUGUGUUUUACAUGCAUAAUUGUAUAAUUAAAUAUUCCCAUGCGUAAACAUUUUAAGAUAGCUUAAACGGCUGGAAAAUUUGGCUGCCAUGAAUCGUUGGAAACUGAUCCAAGUGUUCUCAAUGAUUCUUUUUUCUUUAACCUUUGGAAUGCAAUGCUACAUCUUCAUUUACAGUACAAGAUAUUCAUUUAAGAAAAGCACAAUUCAAGGUAAGAACUGUUGCUCGACCAGACGGCGGAGCAAUGAAAAUGUUAGGGCUCACAAAAAUGUGUACAAAAGGUAUCUUUGGCGUGCCGGAAAUAUAACUCAAGGACAUAGCCGAUAAUAUAUUUUACAGAAGCUCUUAAUUCCAUGCAGUGUACACUAAACGAUCCAGCUUCUUUGACUUCAACACGACAACACGUUCAAAGUGUGGCAGAAACCGAUUUAAAGCCAGUAUUAUAGGCCUUGUGCACACGAAUUCGGAUAUUUUUAAAACCGCAUACAUUGGAACCUCGAUAUAACAAACCUCGAUAUAACGAGGACCUCUGCAUAACAAACGAUUUUCUUUACCCCAAUAAUUAUAGUAAAAUAUAUGGAGAAGAACUCGACGUAGCGCACAAAUUUUGUCUGUAAAGUGGCCCUUCGUUAGACCCAUAUCGAGUUUCCACUGUAUAAUUCAUUUCACAGCCUUUUGUCCACAUGAAUCACUGAAACAACUUGUUUUCGUCCACGUUUUGAACAAGCCCAGAUUUGUGAGGAAGAGGCAUUAUAGUUUCUAUAUAAAACAAAUUAAACAUGUGCAGAUCCGUUCCGUAUGCAAAUGCAAACUUCGCUGGUUGCGAGUGAUCAUGAUUGUGUACGUAGUCAGUAUAUUAGCUCGUCCGCUCAGCCGCCUUGUAUAGUUAUUGAGGGGUAUAUUUUCAUCAGGCGGGUUCGUUUAGGGAGUUUUUAAAUUUUCCUGGCAAUCGAAAUGGCAUUAAAGAAGUAUUAGAAAUUCUACCUGCUGCCGUUUAAUAACAAUGCAAGUGCUUGAGUUUUCACUGGCUUCUUACUACUAAGUAUAUAUUGUAAAGACUAGUUUCUCCGACCUCAAUCUCUGAAUAAGACCUCGACACGAAAGCCGGGGUCCGGGAACUUGAAGAAAAAGGGGCUUGAAAUUCGUGACUGUAAUUUUGAGCAAGAUACUUGCGUCAAGUUAAGAAAUUCUUUCAAGUGUAUUAAGAUUUACAACUCUUACCGUAACUAUUGUUUUCAGGCUCUAAAAGAAAUGGCUGUAACACACUUGUAGAAUUAACCCAUUGUCUUAGCGAUUGUGCGACUCCGGAUUCCGGCUGUAUAUAUAUUCAGCCUUUAUGUAUGGCUUAUUCAUCGAUCUUAGCAGACUUCGUAAGGGGCUUAAGGAGGGCUUAUUUUCGUGAACGGAGUGGCUUAUAUCUGACUUGGCAUAUAGCCUCAAACAAUCUAUAGCAGUGUUGAUGAAGGUACAUUUUGUAUUUAUGAAUCAAAUUCAUUUCAAGCGUAAAAAGGCCAGGGGGCAGCUUAUAUCCGCAAGGCUUGUAAUUGGAGUAUCAGUUUUCCAUUUUUGUUUACAAGUAGAUGGGCCUGUAAUUGUAACUGGGGAGAAAAAGGGAGAAGGUUUAUAAGCGGUAGUACAUGUAUGGUAUCUGAAAGAGGUAAAAUAUAUAUACUCAUCUGCUGGUGAGAAAAGUACGGUAACUUAAGUUUUCUCAAACGCUAAAAGAAUUCUUUCAAUGUGUUUUGAACGCAAGUCGAUCACAUUUUCUAGAUCCUGUCGUGCGGCUAGUUUAAGUGAACAACUUUUCUGUCUCAUUAUCACUGCCACUGAUUCAGUUUCCGACUCAAAAAUGAGGAUAUCUGGAACCUACCCUGUCCACCUAUUUAUCUAAGUUAUUUAUUUCCAGAUGUAAUCGUAGUCAAUGAGGGGCAACCGAAUACAGCUGUGAGUUUAAAAGUACAAUCAAGUAAAGUACUUGCGCUACAUGACGUUACUCAACAGCUCACCACGCCUGUUCUGGAUAAGAACUGCACUGUCCCGGAUGACUGGCUGUAUCCGCUGUGUGCGUACAAAGUGGAGGUAAUGAAAAUAGUUCUCGUGUGGCACUGAGUUUUUGCGGUUUUUUAAUCUUCCGCACUUUCGAGGACCGCAAAAUUUUCGCCAAAUUAAAUAUCUACUUAAAGGUCUACGUGUAAUAAAGUGGCUUGAAGGUCUAUAUAACAGUUACAAUAUAGAUAGCCGACUCAGGGAAAUUGGACCAAUUGUUGGUCUAGUUUUAGCGGGCACUUGGCUUUUUGCAAAUCAUGUUAGGAGGUGAUAAUUUAUAAUCUGGACUCGGUAAAACUGCUUCUAGGGAUCACUAAGGCCGGGUUCAGACGCGGUAUUUUUCAUGUGCCGAACCUAAUUGAAUAAGUUCGACUUUGGAGCGACGCUGGCGCGUCAUCUGAUUCAGACGGCGCACCGUGUGUCGAGCCUAAGUUGAGUUCGACAAAAGUUCGACAGACUCUGUCGAACUUAACGCUUUUGGCGCACCAAACUAAAACUGCCGUACCAAACUGAUUCAGACGCCGCUCUUUUGCCCUACUUAAUUCAUCAGUUAGAUUCGGGGUCAGAUAAAGGCUUUUAAUCGGCCUUUGAAUGAUUUUUCAUUGCUUUCAAAAAUCCAGGUAUAUACAAAUUGUGCAAUGCAAAACGACGAGAUAGAAUUGUAAGUAGAAAUAUUUCAUAUUUGUGACAAUGACCAAAAAAAAGAGCAAGAAAUAAAAAAAAGUAAUUCCAAGAAGGAAACUCACAGUAUCAUGCUCAGUCACAAAAAUUUUUUAGACCGAAGCGAUGACAUGAAAUGACCUACGACUAAAUAUAGCUAACCGUAAAAAAAUAGUGCCACUCGCCCGAAAUGUUAAAGAGAGUAUCACCAAAGAAACGAGUUUGAGGGAAAGGCCGUUUAGAUGUCAAUUUGGAACGAUUGUCCACACCUAAUAUAAGAUAAAUAAAAUCUCAUUGUUAGUUACAUUUGCGACACCUGACUAGCUGACGGGCAUCCUCGGAGAGACGGAGACCCGGGGGCGGUCAGUUGGGUUCGAAAACGGCGGCGAAAGUUUUCAAGAACAAGCGAGAGAGCCCCUGAGAUGCUACUCCUAAAGAGCCAGUUCCGCGACUCAUUCGAAUGCUUGUCUGUGAUUGGGCACAAGGCCAGUAUCUAUUGUGGUGCUUUCGUGAUCUUCUUAUACGAAGACGUUUACCCUCAAACUCGACUGUUAGCCGUUCCUGUUUGGCUCGUGCUAGAGAGCUUUCUUCGGCAAAAGUUUUAAGUGAAAAUGGUCACAAGCUAAGAAACCAAAGCUAGAAAAUCCAUAUUUGGCAAGAUUUCCAUAUAAAUAUAACCUCUACAUUUAUUAUGCAUGCAGCAAUUUCAUACUAUUUGACACAAGUAGUUGAUAUGAAUAGAGUGGAAACACGCAUGCAUAAUAAAUGUAUCGGGUUAUACGGAAAUUUUACCCCAUAAAUUAGCAUGUUAGCAAAACAAAACGAAAAAUCGUGUGCGUGGCCUUUUUACACCUCCUCGGGAUACUUGUCAGGCAGGUGCAGGAGAAGUUUUUUCGCCCUUUUUUAAGUUUGUAAAUUUGUUGUUAAAUUUUUCUUGAGUUGUCGUUGAUACAAAAGGAUAGAACGAAACUGGUAGAGUAAACUUUCAGAUUUGCAUGAACAAACUAGAAGUACUCUCAAUGGUGUUUAUAAAUUUACCUUGAAUCAUUCCAGUCUGAUCUCUUCGGUUGGUGCAUUUUUGUUUUGCUAACACGCUAAUUCUUGCAUUUCUUUGGUUUCUUGUGGCCCAUUUUCACUGACAACUCGUCUCGAAGACAGCUCUCCUGCACGAGCCAGACAGGUACAUGGCGAACAGCCGAGUUUUCAGGUAAACUCUUUCGUAUAAGAAGAUCACGAAAGCAGCACGAUAGAUGCUGCUCUUGAGCCCUAUCGCAGACAAGCGUUCGAAUAAGACGUGGAACUGGUUCGUUGGGAGCAGCAUCCCGGGUGCUUUUUUUCGCCCGUUCUUGAAAACUUUCGCCGCCGAAAUUGUCACUUUUUACUCACUCUACCCUCAUGUUAUGUCAUCAUCACCAUCAUCAUCAUCAUCAUCAUCAUCAUCAUCAUCAUCAUCAUCAUCAUCAUCAUCAUCAUCAUCAUCAUUCUCGUCGUCGUCGUCGGUGUUGUUAUUAGUAGCCAUUAGUAUUAAUGCUGUUGUUAUUGUUGUUUUUAUCACUACUACUCGUAUUAAUUUAUUUUAUUUUUCAGUGGCUACAAAACUUUUGGAAAACAAACAGCAAGUGUUAUGUAGACCGCCAUGGGAUGGACCCUUUUGAUAUUUGCUCUGUUUUAGAGUUCUUAAGUGAGGUGGGUAAAUCACUGCAUAUCUAGACUUGCAUGUCGGUCCAGUGACGACAGAUGGUGAAACAGGUUGUUCUAGUACACUUGACCAGCGGAGUGUAAGGCAAUUUUGAAUCUCUCUCAAUGGCAAUGAUUUCAGCGCCCAGUGGGCCCAAGUGGGUGAAUGAGGAUUUAUUCUUUUCUGGGAUGUGAUUGUAUUAUCAUUUCAGGAUGCCAUAACUUGAAGUCUAGCUGUCAGUGGAGGCUCAGAGUAUGAUUCAUAAUAUCCAGUUUUAAUCCUCGUUUAUUGUUCCGUAUUCCUGAACUAAAAAUUUAGUUAGUAUUUACAGUUUUUCUCAACACGGUUUUAGGUAAGUGACCAUGUAUCCUAAGAGUUGGUUAGCCGACUCACGGGCCACAUAAACUGCGUAGGUUACUCAUUCACUCACUUCAGGACUGAACUUAAAAGAACCUUGAUCUUCAAAGAAAAAUUUAAACCAACUUAUGCUAUGUUUAACUGAUUUCUUACAGAGCUGCACACUUUAUUUUUGUAUGUCCCACUUCUUACGUUGUCUCACGCAUGGUUAUUCUUACCAGGUAGAGGCAUGGUGUCCCAUAAUGCCUUGGAGAAAGCAUGUAUAUUCCAACCCAUCCGGCGAUAAAGUCCGAAAGGAGCAGGUCAUUGCGUACUUUUGUUUUACGUUCAUUGGUUGGUUAAAAGUAGAAAAGCGAAAAUUGAUCAAUCAGGCCAAAACUUGAAAAGAUACACAAACUUUUUCCAUUUAUCUAAAAAUCUAGAUACGGCAUAAAGGUUAAAGGCUUUCAUGAUGUAAAAUACAGCUGUAGUUGUGUCAUAAGUUUGAGGUAUCAAAAGUACAUACUAGACUUUCACUGAUGAGUUUUAUCGUCAUAUAACUUAGUGUUUCCUCUGACAGAAGGCUUUCAAAGCAAACACCUUAGUCUAAGCCUUUCAGCAUGAAAUAGCUAGUAAGGUUAUUAACAAGAGCCAAAAGAGGAAAAGAGAUAAGAAAAUAUACAAUGUAAUUAUUCGUUUGGUAAGUACCUUAGAGGAGAACAUUAAAACGCGUCACAAAAUUUCGUUCUGCCCGUUCUGAUUAGCUAUUAAUUACAAUCAUGUGUUAUUAUCUUGUUUGUAGGUUCCAAUAAGAACCGAGCUUGACGACCUGUUUCAGAAAAACUUGAAUCAUAGCAAAUAUCUGUGGAUGAGAGAACGUAUAACAAGACUUUGGCCAGACUGGACGAUGGCAGCUAAAACCCUUCAAGCAGAAAGCCCUACUUUGAGAAAUCGACAAAGUAAAAAGGUAGAUAACUAAGAAAACGCUUAGUUAAAAUUGGUUGCCGCGAUUUAAGUUGUGGCGGAGAGAUCGCAGGAGCUAGGGGAAAAAUUUGUUGCUCGAGAAGAAAGAGGAGUUGAAGUAGUAAAACUAGGAAGCCCAAGCAACGCGACGACGAUGGCAGUAAAAACGUCGUUGAAAAAUGAAUUUGCGUCCUUUCAAACUUUAUCGCCUCCUUUUGGAUCCUUUCCAUUCUACUCCUUCUCUGUUUUAGGCCAUUUAUCCUAAAGUUUAAUUCUUGAUUACUUUGUCCAGGUUAAAAGAUAAAGGAAACUGAUUCGUCCUUGUAUGUUCACAUACUCCAUAAAACGUUGUAUUAGGAGGUUGGCACGUGGUAUUCGUGCAGUGGACGUCCAUGAAACGUACGUACAGAAAAGCGUGAUGCACGUUCAGAGCUGUUGUUUUACUCGUAAAAACAAUUGUUUUUCCGAAGUUGCCGUCGUCGUCGUCAUGGUUGCCUGGUGUUUCAUCGACGUCAUAAAUAUGCAUUCUUAACGCCUCAUGAAUCAAUGAGCCUGGACCAUGAAUAGCGGCCCAAUACCGAGCUACUUUAAGCCUUUUUUACAAGGCGAACCUAAGUGCAAAAUUUUUGAUAAGAAAAUGAUUUGUCAUUCUUACACAUAGACAUAGACACGAGUGUUUUACUGGAAAAUAUACCACUCGUAAAAUUCAUAAAAACUACAUCCGGGACCCGAAUGGGUUUAUUUUCUUUAAUAUGACACGCGAGUUUAUCGAUGACGUAAUUUCAGUAAUUUCCCUCUAUUAUUUUAUCAAUGUCUUUUUGUCUAUAUAAUGAAAAAAACCAUUACACGGCGGCUUGAAGAUAUGAAUUUUAUUUUCUCGUGGCAAAAAUAAUAUUUUACUCACUCGCUGCGCUCGUUCGUAAAAUAUUGUUUUGCCACUCGAAAAUAAAAUUCAUAUCUUCGCGCCACAGUGUAAUAUCCUUUAUAUAUUAACAAAAACGUUUUAGAAACCUGUUUGUAAUGGUCAUCUCAAUAUUACGGAAACUAAAAUUUUUGGUUAAGAUAUUGUUGCCCUAAAGGGGUGAUUUUGAUAUCGUUUCCAGUAUUAGUGUUUGCGUAGGAUAAACUACCCAUCAUCCCAUGGGUGUGCUGCAAGACAUGCUUUGGUGCCUCCCCUUCUUUAAUUUUUUAAAAGCGCCUCAAACCAGCUGCACCGACCAUAACAUCACCCUCUCUUAAAGGUAAAUCUCCACAUCUAAACACUGUAUCUAAUUCGUGAAAAUCAAGUUUAGUCCGCACCUCUGAGCCUCUCGCUGCAACAAGCAAACUCCUUCCUCUCGAUAAGCAAAACCCCUCUCGGACGGCAUAAAUCUUCGUAGAUUUAGGCUACGGUAAAACGGGCCCAAAAACGGGCAACUUGUUUUGCAACCUUGCCACAAAACGAGAUAAAUAUCGAUGUUGCGCAUUUUAUCACCCCGUAAUCGUACCUGUCUUGCAACAAAUCAGGUUGUUACAAGUUGCCUGAAUAUUGACUUCUGAUUGGAUAAAAUUACGCGGGAGUCACGCCAUUCAAGGGAGUUACGUCACUUGCUGCAAAACAAGUUCUACUUGGGCCGGUAAAACGCGCAACAUGUACAGAUUUUGUAGCAAAAAGUAGAACUACUCUCCACUUCCUGCAAAAAAUAUUCGCAACCUUCAACACCCUGAUUUGUUGCAAGACAGGUUUGAACGUGCCAAGUAAAACGCCCAGCAUCUCUUUUCAAUUCGUUUUGCAGUAAUGUUGCAAAACAAUUUGCACGUUUUUGUUACUCAGUUUACCGUACCUUCAGCAACAUCAUUCUAAUAAAUUCAUACUCAUAAUGAUAACAGAUAUUCCUUUUUAUGGGGACCUAUUCAAUUCAAGUUGACUGGCUUGCCAAUGCUUACAAAGGAGUGCCAUUAGGAGAAAUGGUUCAAUGGAGUGAUUUGAUCGCAUCUUUGUACGCCCUUGGACACGAUAUAACAAUAUCAGCGGAGCAGCCAAGUAUGAAGAAGUAUGUCUAGCUCUGUGGUGCAAUUGAAUUUUUGAAACUCUUUUGAUUAUCAACCAUGAAACGAUUAGAAAAAAAAACUGUACAACGCGAAUCAUCGAGUAAAUGUUAAAGUUUUUCCAAAUUCGCGUUGAAAAAAAAGAGCAAAGCCGGGUGUUUCGAAGGUGCUCUCUUUUUCAGUUCAGAGGGAGUACCGUCUGGCUCUCCUCCUUUUCAACGUGUAUUAUCAGGUAUUUUGUGUGAUAGGAAAGCUGGUAGCGGAAAGGUGGAUCUAGCCUACGUCGCAGACGUAAAUUUACCCGGAUAGUAACGUCUGCACAGCAGCGCCGAGAUCCUUGUUUCUUGGUCCUCCACGGACUCAAAGGACUACCGGAAAUGCGUUUCAAAUUUCCUUUCAACCUGAUUGGCAAAUCGACAAUGGCAUUUUUAACAGGCCAAUCAUGUCACGUACUCAAAUCCUGGUACACAGGUGGGGACCUCGAACAAGGAUUUCGGCGCUGUUUCGCAGACGGACUUAACCAGAGUCAACCGAGUGCAAGUUCAUUCUCGGAGACUCCGGGUCAGUAAGUCGCGUUGGGAGAAAUGACGCGAUAAGAGUCGAAGACAUUCUUUCCGCCAUUUCUCCCCACUGGACUGUCUGCCCCUGGCUUUCCCUGGACUUUCGCAGCGCUCUUUCAUUUCAUUAGAAUAAUAAUUUUUAUUAGAAUAAAACCUGAUCGCAGUACAGAUCAGCGAUUACUAAAAUCAAGAGUGUGUGAAAGCGGAACAUCGCAAUAAGUAUAGACUGUAAGUAGUAUAGCAGGGAGGUUUUGCUGCCUUUUUUGAAGUGGAACCUCAUUAUUUUGAAGAGAAAAACAUACGCCGAUAACGUCAUAGAGUUUUUUAGUCACAAAACUAAAUUGCAUUUAGAUAAGUUGAUGUGAUUAUUGAAAUUAGUUUUAAGUGGCUUAACUGGUUUGACAGGUUUGAGAUCGAUGAAUGUCUUGCUUUUUGAUAAGUUGACUAAAAACUAAAGAAAGUAUUCAUUAUAGUUUAUUCAUGGUGUUGAAAGAAUAAGCGCUUACUCACCUGAGACUUGAAAUCACUGUGUCCUAAUCUAAUAAUGCAAAUUAUUUUUUUCUACCGCUUUUAUGGUCCAUUGCUGACAACAGGUUUUUCUAGUUCCUCUACUUUCACCGAUUCUUGAGGCGUAAAUGAGUUUGAAGACAAACUAGCUCUUUCUAACACUAAACACAUUUUUUACUUUCUGCCCUUCCGAUUCUUCUCUUCCAUAAUUCAGAUAUAGCGCUCCUGUUUAAUUUUCUUUUUACACUGGUAUGAAUGUAGUUUCACACUAAUGAGAUUCCACUAUCAAAAAUGGAGUAAAACAUUCCUACUAUGCCUCUGACAUCAUCGCUGAACGAAGACCCUUUCAAGUAGCGGAAAAUUAAUAGCUGUCCUCUGUUCGAUUUUAUUUGUUUUUCUCCAGCCUGUGUCUUUUACUGCUAUCUCUGCUUAUUUUAAAAGAAGCAAUUCAAAAGUGUUCCCGGAUUAGCGUUCACUCAGUAUGUAGCCGAAAUUGCAAACCUUGUGUUUUGUUUUAAUCAGAUUUAAGAGUUCUCCAUUUUUUAUCAGAACCAACAUACCGCUCAUCCUUUUGCAAUAAAAUUAAUAACUGGAUAUAAUAAAGUUUUUUUAAAAAUACUUUUUCUUUUAAAAAACCUUUUCUUAAUUUCUUUUCAGGAUCUUAAACGCACCAUCCGAAAAAGGCUGUGGCAGACGCUUACGACAAAAAGAAUUUGACCUCAUUUUCACUGAUUACCUUGGCGCUUGGCUUCUAGGACAACAUUUAGGUCCAACUGUUUCUCACUAUCGGUUAGCAAAAGGACAUUCUUUAUAACAAUAUUUAAUAUGAUAAUAUGUACUUUAAAACUGAGUAUUGAUAGCUUUAAUUUCUUCCUAUUUAUCAUGCGAACAGACCUUGUCAUGGUUUUCGACGCCAUCUUGACGAGUAGGUAAACGAGUGGGAAAUUACAGUGUUUGUGUGAGAAUCUAAUGUCGAAUAAUUUCCUUAAAACGGCUGUUCUGAAAAAAAUAUCAGUUGUAAACUAAAGCUACUAAGCAAUGGAUUGCAUUAAAACAUUUUGGGGGUGUACCUGUGCUUAAAUUUAUCCAGAGGCUUGCUUGUAUUUAUAUAUUUUCCAUAUAUUUGUCUGUAAUUUUUCCCGGGACUUUCUUACAGACACUGUAUAGAAAAUUUUAAAAAGUGGUUCUAGGUCUUCUAGCGCAUGUAACGCUCUUAAUUUUUUUCAGUAGAAUCCGUAGGAGUGAAGCUUUAGUUUACAGUUGAUAUUUUUUUCAGAACAGCUGUUCUACGGAAAUUAUUCGACAUUAGAUUCUCAUACAAACACUGUAAUUUCUCACGCAUUUGCCUGCACGUCAAGAUGGCGUCGAAAACCGUGACAAGGUCUAUUGGCGUCUGACUGAAAUACCAGUUUCGGAUAUCACGCCCUGUUCACACUAUACCCGGAUAACUUUUCCUGCUGCCACGAUCAAGCUAUCCGGUAUGAACAGCGACGACACAGACCUGAAACAAGUCGUUCACACACGUCAAACAUCGGUUGGCCGAAAGGGAUUGGUGAACUAAAUCCCAGUCCACACCUUUGGAUGUUUACUUCCGUCUCAGUGGAUUCUAGUCCUCCCUCGGCCUAUUUAUUCACUUCCUCGACAGUCCGAAUAAGUGUUCGCACAACACCGGCCAAAGUGUGGUACAAAACCUCAUCCGUUAUGUGAGACUCCACUUUAGAGAUCGUCGCGGCGCAGCCUCGCUUCUUUACAGAAAUCGCGCCGAAAUCACUGUUCUUAUGUGUUAACCAGAGCCCUAUCUGGUAUGGUUUUCCAUGGCGGCGCAAAAGCUAUUCGCUAUUGUGCGAACAUAACCUUUAAUAAUGAAAUUAGUACACGCCCGGGGCGCCUGUUUUACCUCCAAAUUUUCCUUCAUUUUUCCGCGCUUUUUUCGUUGAUGAAUUCACUUAACCAAUAGUUUGAUUCAAGAUUGAAUACGGACGCACUGCCAUUGCGCCACUCAAACCAUCCCUGCUUGCAUGUUUCUCUCAAGAUGGCGGACAAGAUCAUUUCUAUCUGUCAGCUGCACCGUACGUCUUGUGUAUCCACAAACAAUUAGUCUAGUCCCAUAAAAUAAUUUAUCGUAUCACAGCGUAGCCCUUACAUUGUAUCGCGAUUUGUCUUUUUUGAGCGUGAUUUAAGAUACACUCAUGCCCGAUAAUUGCGUAUUUUCACUGGUCACUUGUCUGUUUUUCAUUUCUGCAUGUUUAGUUGUCGCCUACGGAUUUUAGAUUCAUUUGGUACAGAUCCGGAGUUUAACUACGCUGAAUACAAACACGCAGCAAAGUUUAAAACUGGCUGGGGAAAACCUGAUGUACACGUCCGACAGAUGAUGACAAUGUUUCGUAAGUACAAGACAGACUUAAAGAGAGACUUGGGAUGGGGAGUAGGUGUGUAAGUCAAGGAGGGGAGGAGGUCAGUAAAGAUUCUAAUUUGACCUUUUAGCGCGACAAUGUAAUAACUAGGAAGUAAUCCGUGGAUAUUGUCAAAUUUCACAAAAACAUUUGGAUUGUUUACCAUUUACAUGGUCAAGCCUGUCCGUUCCCCCUGUUUGGCCAACGGAUUAUUUAUUAUAAGUAAAAUUCAGGACUACUAAAUUUCAUUCUCAGAUCGCGUUUAUUAUUAUUUUGCGCAAAUUUCAUUACCGAGAAAUGUCCGUCGAAGCCUGAAACUGGUUUCAAAGAUGAGUUUUCUUAGAUAAAUGACUGGGCACAUUGUGGUAGGAAACUUGACAUGUAUACUCUAACAACUUUGAUUUCAAUUGCAGAACAUUGUAACAGAGAAACUAAUCUUAAAUCCUCAAUUUAAACUUGGAUAUCAUCACACAUUUUCCAGUGUACUAUCUCUCUUUGAUAACUUUUGAUAACUUUUUUGAUUAUUAUUUAAAACUUUUUUUUUAAAUGAAAGCAAUUAAAUAGUUUUCCUUAAAAAAAAAUUAACAAAGCCUUCUACCUACAUAUAAAUCAUGAUGGUUUAGUAUAUUAUUAAUUUUCGUCAUCCUUUUUAGCGCACAGCCCAGACAAUCUAUUCCUUGGUUUUGUCGUCGAUAAGGCUUCAAACGAAGAUGCCGAAGGUAUACGAGAUAAAGAAACGAAAAGCAACAAACCAAUCGGAGUACUGUACGCAAAAGAUGCUAUGUAUCUUCAGGUGAGCUUAGACGUGAACUUUACUUUUGGUGGACAUUUCUCUUUUUAAGGGGCAAAAACUUGACAGACCUUAAGGUUUGAUUAUUUUUCAAUGGGAAAAUAAAGCACUUGACCUGCAAAAAGUAUCUCUUGUUUCCUAAGACAGAAUAUGUUAGCUUUGGUCUCUAAUGAGGACUAAAACGAACUAAAAUUGUUGUGACCCAUCCCGGAUUGUGGCUUCUUACAGUACACGGCUGGCAUCCAUAGUGUGCUUAAACCCCUCUGAUUUCUCUAUAAAGCAUUUAUUUGUUUCCGGUUAUGUUGCUGCGAUGCUGUCGCACGCUGUAAUAACCCAUUAAACUUGUUGAGUUUAUGUAAUGAUGAAAACAUAAAUUUCACUUUUUUUGAAACGCGCGGAAUGAAGAAAUAAACGUAACGAAGAUCAUUGUAGUUAAAGACGCCCAUUGAGCAGAUGCGAAAAGAAAACCUGAGAAAAUUCAGGCUUUUCGGGAUUCGAAUCCUGAUCUCUGUGAUACUGCAUGGUGCAGCGCCUAGCCAACGGAGCUACUGAACCAACGGGAGAUGGUCAUUUGAUGCGAUCGUAAUAUACCCGGUAAAGAUGAAGAAGAAAUGGUGAAUACGUGAAAUUCAGAUGACUUCCUCAAAGUCUUCUUUUACAAUUUCAGGGAAGAGGGCCAUACCUUGACACAUUGAACAAGUAUUUGGAAAUCCAUGCAACAAUCGCCAACGAGAAAAACGUAAGUUGAUCCCUUUCUAGGUUUGAGGCUCUUUGUUUUGAUUGCUUAGUGUUGUCUGUGUUGCGGGUUACAGUGACAUUUCUCGAACCGGGACACUUGGACGAAGAUUAUCCAAUCACGCCUUUUGAAGGCAAAAGAUUCAGUCUUAAGGUUUUUGGCCGACGAAACAAUAACAUUCAUAAAUUUGAGAGUUGUUUCCUGAGAGGUCAGGUAAGUUCAAACAGCUUUAAAGUUUUUUAACGGUUGCAUAGCUAGUCGAACCUUGAAUUUUGUUGGUCAGUUUUCGAAAAAACACUUGAGAAUCCUUUGUUUUCCCCUGGCGAGAAACGUUGUGAUUCAGGAAUCAUCUUCAUCGAAGUGACCCGGUUCGAGUAAUCUCACUGCAAUUAACUGAGAGCUCUCGUAGUGGGCUUUGUGGAAUGAAACCAAUUCCAAAUCUCUGGAUUGCAGUAGUCCUGUAUGACUGUAUAACUUAUUGACGGUUUUGACAACCAAGACAUCAUAUAGUAAAUUGACGUUUUUCUAAAUUUUACUUAAAUUCGUCUUCGGCGUAGGCCACUGAUUAAAAAUUGGUGUUUCUUUCACUUGUAACAUAAUCCAGGUCAUGUCAAAUAUAAGGCUUGUGUACCAGUUAUGGAAUCAGUCCUUUAUUCGCUACUUUAGAAAGUCAAACGAGAAGAAAACUGAGCUCGAGUUACUACAGCUGUUUCGGAUAACACCUGACCUGCGAUGUCAAAAACGUCAUUGGCUUUCGGGUUUUUCUGCGACGUCAAUCAAAUUCUGAUCUCGCCUUCACAUCUUACCGGACGUCUUAGGGAAAAAAGAAAAGUCGUGUUUGGUGAUUUGUGAUUGGUGGAUUUCGAUCUGUUUUGUGUGUUUCUAAGUUCGUUGCUUUUCAUGACUUCAAAGUUCGGUCUCGUUUUUUUGAAAAGCAGAGUAAGAUUUGCCUUAGUACUAUUUUUUUAAUCUUCUUUUCACUGAAACAUGGCAAAAAUAGAUCGUUUCUAUGGAGCUUCCAAAUGCAGAAGAAACAUAGAUAUGGGAGGGUGAAAACGAAUCGGUACGUUCCCUCCAACAUUAACUUUAAUUUGCAGCUUCUGCUUGUUAUUGCGACAUUUAUUUGACAAACACAGUGGAUGCGACCGCAGUAACGGUUUGAUUGACGUCACAGAAAAAAAAAGAACGUUUUUAUCAACGGAGGUCGCAUGUUAUCCAAAACAGAUGUAACUUCCGCAAAUACUUCUGAAACUGUUUCUAGGGACAGGGGAAAAGAUUGGCCAAUAGCUGACUGGCGCGUCCCCAGUAACGAUCCAUAGAAAUACAUAGUAACGGUAUUCCAAUCCACUUCUUGUUUCUAAAGUUGCGAAUGGUAAAGGCGAUACGCAUUCCUGAGUGACUGCCUAAAAUGCAUGCAGUUCUUGGUGCAAAUGUGAAAUCUUUAGUUUUCGACUGUUUUAUUGACUUCAUGUGACUGGUACUUGACGGGGAUGCUAAGAAAUUAUCUCAUUCUCAGUCUGUCGAGUUAAUAGUAAUGAGUUUUGACUUUCAUUGAAAUAAGUCAGGGAGAUUAAGCUUCCUUAGGCUAAACAGCAGGUUUUCCGUACGUUUUGAAGCGAAAAAUUAAGCAUAAAAAAAACCCAAUUACGACAGAGCAAGGAAUUUAGUAUUACAAUGGAACAUACAUAUACAUACAUACAUACUUUAUUGUUACCUCUCCAAAGGGGCUUUUCAGGAACAUAACGAAGUCCUUGGUAUAACGAACGAUUUUCUUCAGCCAGGCCAAAAUUACAGUAAAAUGUAUGGAACAGAAACUCGAUUUAACGAACCUCGCUUUAACGUAAUCCUCGAUCGCUAUAACGAACACAAUCCACAAGGUUAGCGCAAACGUAAAAUUUACUUCCAUAUAACGAAUAAAUGUCAGCAUGUGAUAAAAGAUGAAUGCCAAACAGACUAACAAGGAUAAAAUUUAUGUGUACAGUAGUUUUAAGCAGUUUUGUUUGCCUGUUCUUGAGUUUCUAGUACCGUAGCUAUGUAUAGCUCGGUACUGAAAGGUUAUUACAGUAAUUCAGCUUGGUUAUUUUUCAGAUCCGGAAAUGCUGGUUUUUGUUAAUUGAUUAUUAACUUUACCUCGAUAUAACGAACAUUUUGGUAGUUUUCCCGAAAAUUCGUUAAAUAGAGAUGUUCGAUAUAACGAACAAAUUUCCCAGUCCCUUGGCACUUCGUUAAAUCGAGGUUCCACUGUAGUCGAUUUUUUCGUUACGUAAAGUUACAUCCAACAUCGUACUCUGGCCUCUAUUUAGUGAUAUCUCUGGCUACCUGCUAAGUCAUAUCCCAAUACAUUAACAGUGUGUUAGCGUAGUACUCUGACGAACUUACCGGCAUACUUUCUUUUUAUUUCAGUAAAAUUUCUGUAAUAAUAAUCUGGCCAAUAUUACAAAAUACAUGUAGCACAUACCCGUCAGGGUUGCACACUAGUUCCCUAGCCGUCAUUAAGUUAUGAAUUUUGCCUCUGAGUACGUCCAGGUUUAAUUUUUAAAACGUUUUAACUUUGGCAGAUUUCUAAAGAUGCCAUCAAGAAGUUUGUACCCAAGUACGUCGUCAAUCACGGCAUUAUGAAAGGGGCAGACCUAAAAAAGCUUCUGAGAGAAAGCAAGGUAUUAAAAUGUGAUAAAAUCUUUUGGUCUUCAUGCAUAAGCUUCUUUCUUCAACCGACGAUGUCAAUUGAAAGGACUGCAUUUUUCAAUUCUGACGGGUAUUUAUUGGUCUGUCAUUCCCGUAUGAAGGACCUGGGCCACUCGAAGCUAUUGCACAAGGAAGUGUAUUCAUUAAUCCCAAGGUAGAGAUUUAAAUUUAGAUUUAUUAGAUUCGCCAAUUCUUGACAGAAUAACGCAGCAGCGUAUAUCUAGUUAUUACUACCAGCCGCGACAAUCACCUCCGCCUUAUGCAUCAUAGACACCAAUUGCAAUCAUCUUGUCAAGUAGAGGCUUCGGUAAAAGAAAUUGUGCACAGGAAGGUCCAGUUACUGAGGGCCCAUGAUUAAGCCCCUCCCCCUCCCCCUCCCCCCAUAUACGCCAUAGGUAUCAAUAAUCUUACUCAUGUUUAGCUUCGAUAAAGAAAUUGUGUCUAGGAUGGUAAAAACGUCAAAUCCUCCGGCAGUCCUGAGAUGUUGGAAAAACUGUGUGCAUUUAGUGCAUAAUUUAUAAAAUGUAUCUUUGCUUAAUCAAUGGUUUGAUGUUGUGAUGCUUUUUUUUUUUUUACCAGCUUAACCCUCCUCAGAAUAGAGAGAACUCAGGAUUUUUUCGCGGAAAGCCGACUUUUAGAGCAGUGAGUUGGCAAAUUACUUAUGCUUUUCAUGUUAUUUCUAAGGGUUGAUGUCUAGUGUCGCGUGAUUUUUACCUACGUAGCACUGUCGCAAUUUGUAAUAAUCAUCGCACUUUGUUAUACCUGUUAAUACCUGUCGCAAUUUGUAAUAAAUCCAUCGCACUUUGUAAUACCUGUCGCAAUUUGUAAUAAACCGUGUCGCCCUUUGUAAUAAAAAAGCUGUCGCAAUUUGUAAUAACAGUCCGUCGCACUUUGUAAUAAACUAAGCCGUCGCAAUUUGUAAUAAUUCCAUCGCACUUUGUAAUAAUUUUUUGAGAGUGAUUCACCUUACUUCUUCAACAUUAAUAUAAUUCCAAAAUAUGCAUGGUACUUCAUAAAAAAAGAUGAUGACGUCUGCUAGCACGUGACAUCUCCGUAACAUUUUCUUUGGUCAAACGCUAUAAAUUUUUCUUCCUUGAUUAAUCACGUGACCAACUAGAAUAACUUUUAUGAAAGACAUGAAACUUCCUGUGACAUAUCACCAAAAAGAUAUGAAUCAUGUUUAAAUCAAAAAUACUUAAAUAACAAAAGCAACAUUUAACAACAGAAACUUCAUGAACGACCUGGCAUUCGUCGUCCAAAUCCAUGUUUGCUUGCCACAUGACACGUGAAGUUUUUUUUUUUUUGGGGGGGGGUAAUCCCAUACAUGGAUGGGCUAGAUAGGUGAGUACCGCCUGAUAAGGUAUGGUUUUUGAGGAUCUCGAGCCUUUAAUAGGGUAUCAUUUUUUACCUUGUUGGCUUUAUGUCUUUCGUUUGUUCCUAUGAUAGGGUAACUCAAGUGGUACUGGAUGGUUUAUUCCAUCCUUUCCAUUUUGUGAAAAAAAAGUAAUCCUGAACACGCUGGGAAGUAAGCAAGGUCUUACGAGUUGUAUAUAAGCAGGGAAGGAUAAUUUUUUACUAUCCCCACGGUAUUUGCUUUAGAGGACUCCUUAUAGAUGGAAUGAGUACUCCUUUUGUUCCUAUAUGGGACCAAAUCAAGAAUAAUGGACCAAAUGGCAAACUGGCUCAGUGUAAGACCCCAAGUGAGUGUUACAAAAACAGAUACAUACAAAGGUAUUGGCGAGCGACUAAUUGGAUUUUGUGUUUAUGUUUCUGUUGUGGUUCGACGGUUUGCCACUGGUGACGUUCUUUGUUCAUUUGCAGUAAACAUUUUGAAUCUUUCCAGGCGUCGUUUGAAUAAGUUGGCCAAAAUAUGGAAGCCACUAUUACUUCUUUAACAUUGCGCGUUAGACAAGGACGGUGCACCACGCGUUGUGUCGACUUGUUAUAAGAUCUAACAAGGAAAGCUUGAACUUUCCUGGUGUCCUUACUCGAAUGAUGUAGGAUGCAUGAUACGAUUUGCGGAAAUUAAAUGCUUUUCAAUAAUGGCUCGUUUGUGUCUAGUGUGUCUAGAUCCUGUACUCUGGCAAUGGUCUGUCCACUGAGGCACAUCCCCAUAUUGGCCAUAUAAGGAAGUACACCCGCCGGGAACCACUGAAUGCAAACCACCUAGUACAAUAGCAAGGUUUAUGUAUACAGCAUUUCGUAUAAGUCAGAUAACUAAUCAAAAUUAAUUUUAAAAAAUGUUUAGGACUGUGAAUAAAGUUAAAUGGUUUGAAUAAGCGGGGAUGUUACGUGCUACUGCAGACGUCAUCAUCUUGUUUAUGAAGUACCAUGCAUAUUUUGGCAUUUUAUUAAUAUUGACGAAGUAAGUUUAAUUACUCUCAAAAAGCUGCUACAAAGUGCGAUGGAAUUAUUACAAAUUGCGACAGCUUAGUUUAUUACAAAGUGCUAUGGACAGUUAUUACAAAUUGCGACAGCUUUUCUAUUACAAAGUGCGACACGGUUUAUUACAAAUUGCGACAGUUCACAUGUAUAUGUGGGUAAAAUUUACGUUCCCAUAUUAUGUAGAGGCAAUGCAUGAAAGAUUAUCGUUAUCGUGCGUAUCCAAAAACGCGUCAGUGGAAAUCAACCUUGAGAAAGUUCGCAAUUUGAUUAACUUCUUCGACUUUCUUGUCACAGUUGACGUCACAGCACCCAUAUAUGGAGACGUUUAUCAAAAAGCCCCAUGUGUACACAAUAGACAUCAAUGAUCUUGGUCUAGUGGAGGCUUCGAUUAAGGAAAUUGUGUCCAGGAAGGUAAAAUAUGAAACUAGCUAUCAUUAACAAAAUCAUUUAUUAACUGUUAGUAUCCAGAAGAAAACGAUCAUUUGCAUUUGAAUUUCUGUUUUUCUCUCUUGUCCAUUUUAAUGACUCCGUUUGGUCACGUGACUUCUCUUUCCUUUUUAAAGGACAAUACCAAGGUUUUCCAAAACUGUCAGGAUAGAUAUCUUCUCAAACAUCUCCGCCUCUGCUCAAAAUAUCAUCAAUAAUCAGGGUCAUUGGUUAUUGAUGAUAAUAGUUCUUGUAGCUCUUAAUUAGCAAUCCGGAAUCCAGCUAACGAUUGGAGUCUGGAAUCCACGUUCUACUGACAAAGCACCCGGAAUCCAGUACCUGGAAUCCAGAUUCCACGGAGUGGAAUCUUGUAUCCCAGAUUGCCUUGGAUUCCCUCACAUGCAUGGGGCGAACUCAAGACAACUUUCACUGUGCGUAACACCAAACGUUGUGAAUUUGUGACUUUCAACAUUAUCACCCAGUUCUCGUUUACUUAAGCUCGCUAAUAUAUGAACACCAAUGAGCUGUAUGGCCUUUGAAAGUUCAAAAAAGGGACAUACUACUAGAAUUAAUUAAAGCCUAGAAAAAGCUUACUUGCUGCCCAUGGUGAUUCCAAAUUUCAUGUCUUUGUACAAUAGGUGACACCCUACCUUCCGUAUGAAUGGACAACAAAUGGCAUGCUUGAACGAGUAAAUAUGUUUACUGAAAAAUUGGUAAGUUGAAUUGAUCGGUGUAUUAACUUUUCUUAGAUUUUGUAAGCGGAGGGAUACAAAAAAAGGGCCAUCGAUGAAGAGGAUCAACCAAGAGCUAUACAGAACAUAAAUACUUGACGUGGAAAGUUUCUGUGUGUUCAUGAGGCUUGAUUUUUCUCUUGGUGGCCGACGCGGGAAAUCCCGAGAUGGCCGCAUCCUGCCUUUCAAGGGUAACCAAUUAGAACACAGGAUUCGCUUCAUCUUUCCCGCUCCUCGCUGAUUCUGUUGUGUAAUUAAUAAUUAACAAUUAUUCCACGAGUGCGCGUUGGCUAUAAUCAUCUCAUAUCCAAACAAGCGCGACUGGGAUAAUUGUUUUAGUAAAGACGCCCACAAAAUAUGGAAAAUUCUUCCCGACUUUCUUUGUAAAAACAAGCCAUUUUCAGUUUGUUUUUAAUUUUGAGGAGACGCUUAUAGUUACCAUAUUUGGAGAGCAUGGUAUUAUGGCUCAUAUACCAUGAUGGCUAAGCCAGUCAGAGCUCUAGAAUUGCAUUCUCCAAUGAUUCAGUUUUUAAUGUUAGUGUUGGAGAGGGGUUUACAAUAAUAAGAUGCCACUCUUUUAUGGUGCAUGGAGGAGUAUUAUAUGUUGCGGUUCAAUUUUAUUCUUGGUUUAAACUUUAUUUCCCUUAAUUUUAAACUCAUUAUCACACAUGACAAUACCCAAAAACAAGGGGAAAUAAAAUUCUAAAAUAGGCAAAAAUUGAACGACAACAUAUGCAGUAAGACAACACCAGACUUUCCAUGGAUUGGGGGGACAUAUAAUUGUGUUCAAUAGUUAUCUUUCAGCGCUUCCACCUUGUUUGAAGUUACCCUACAUUUUCUUUCUUUUAGAAUUUUUGUGAACAUGAUGAGCAGUGGCCGCCACUAAAGGAAAUGCACAUCGUACUCGGCUCUCAGGGCAGUUCUUGCAAAGACGCUUGUGGAGAAAAUGGUAAGCUGUUUAUGCAAUUAUCAACGGUCAUUGAAGGCGAUUGUAUGAUCAAGUUCAGAUCAUUUGGAAUCAAUGUUUUGCACUGCCCGAGAUUUCUUCUUAUUUUCUUUGUUGCAAUGGGCACCUCUGUGAUUUUUUCCUGCUUCUAAGUAUUGUGGCUUCGAAAUAGAAGAAAAUGGAUGCUUUCCUAACAAUGACUGACCUACUAAGUGUCCUCUACUGAAAUAAUUUCCUGGUUAUGUUUGCUUUGUGAAUUGAAUUAUCUUGUCUCCUUUAGGUUUUCUGUGCGAGCCAUCCUUUUUCAACAACAUCAACACAGUCAAGGAAUUUGAGAAGUAAGUAAUGGUAUAACCAGAAUAAAGCCCAAAAAACCAACGUAAACAAUUGUUCUCAAUUUCUUUCGUAUGUCCGUCCGUCCGUCCUUCCUUCCGUUCGUUCGUUCGUUCGUUCAUUCCUUCCUUCCUUCCUUCCUUCCUUCCUUCCUUCCUUCCUUCCUUCACUCACUCACUCACUCACUCACUCACUCACUCACUCACUCACUCACUCACUCACUCACUCACUCACUCACUCACUCACUCACUCACUCACUCACUCACUCACUCACUCACUCACUCACUCACUCACUCACUCACUCACUCACUCACUCACUCACUCACUCACUCACUCACUCCUUCCUUCCUUCCUUCCUUCCUUCCUUCCUUCCUUCCUUCCUUCCUUCCUUCCCUCCUUCCUUCCUUCCUUCCUUCCUUCCUUCCUUCCUUCCUUCCUUCCUUCCUUCCUUCCUUCCUUCCUUCCUUCCUUCCUUCCUAUAUAUAACACAGUCAAGGAAUUUGAGAAGUAAGUAAUGGUAUAACCAGAAUAAAGCCCAAAAAACCAACGUAAACAAUUGUUCUCAAUUUCUUUCGUAUGUCCGUCCGUCCUUCCUUCCGUUCGUUCGUUCGUUCGUUCCUUCCUUCCUUCCUUCCUUCCUUCCUUCCUUCCUUCCUUCCUUCCUUCACUCACUCACUCACUCACUCACUCACUCACUCACUCACUCACUCACUCACUCACUCACUCACUCACUCACUCACUCACUCACUCACUCACUCACUCACUCACUCACUCACUCACUCACUCACUCACUCACUCACUCACUCACUCACUCACUCAUCACUCACUCCCACUCCUUCCUUCCAAUUUCUUUCGUAUGUCCGUCCGUCCUUCCUUCCGUUCGUUCGUUCGUUCGUUCCACCUUCCUUCCUUCCUUCCUUCCUUCCUUCCUUCCUUCCUUCCUUCCUUCACUCACUCUCACUCACUCACUCACCACCACUCACUCACCUCCACUCACUCACUCCUCACUCACUCACUCACCACCACCACCUCACUCACUCACUCACUCACUUCCUUCCUCGCUCUCUCCUUCCUUCCUUCCUUCCUUCCUUCCUUCCUUCCUUCCUUCCUUCCUUCCCUCCCUCCUUCCUUCCUUCCUUCCUUCCUUCCUUCCUUCCUUCCUUCCUUCCUUCCUUCCUUCCUUCCUUCCUUCCUAUAUUCCUCCCUUCCUUCAUUCAUUCAUUCAUUCAUUCAUUCAUUCAUCCGUUCGUUUCCUCAUUCGUUCGUUCGAUCGUUCGUUCAUUUAUUCAUUCUUGUUUUCUUUCAUUCAUUCAGUCAAACAGCCAUUCAGUCAGCCAGCGGAUUGUUCGUUCAUUAAUUCUUUUUUACAUUUAAUUGUCUCAGUUAUUUAUUGGUCUUGGAGAAUGUUAAGAUUGAGUUAAAAUCCUUUAAACCUUAACGGCGAAAGGAGCUAAGAAUAUCACCGAGAUGUAUAAAACACAGUCAGUGAUAAUUUACAUAGUCAUGUAAAAAGAAACGUCCUUGUUUAAGAUCAUUCACGAUACCUCAUAAUUCGUUUCCAAACAAUUUUGAAAAGUGUGAAGUCUUAUGCUCCUCAGCCGUAGAACCCGCUUUGCCCUUUAUGAUAAUUUCUCUCAGGAUGAAUUCAUUGGGACUGCUUUGAACUUCUUAAAAGAUGGAUAAAUCGCUAUCCACCUGAUAACUACGGUUAAAUAACGGGAGAGUGACUUACCCGGCGGAUAUUUGAACAACUGGUGCAAGUAGAUUUUCAUUAGAACCAAAAGGGGUCGCUGAAUAUAGGAUCAACAAAUCUAACUAGGCUUUUGUCAAGAGAAAAUAAUGCGAGUUAUUCUCUAUUGGUUUUUGUCUUUGACAAUAUUGCGCUUCUAUCCCCAGUUGUUCAAAAGGUGGAUAACACUAUCCACUAGUUAAAUCUCUGUCUAAUGGCGCAAUUGGUUUCCCUAACACUUAUCCACUGGGAAGGGAUUUAUCCGUAAGAUAUCGCUAUCCAGCUUUUGUAAAAUUAGGGCCUGGUAGCAAAUUCGAACAGUGCACGAACUGUUUAAUUAACAAUUAAUGAAUGAGGCUGAGUAUCUUUUGAAGAAUUAUGGAGAUCGAGGAGGGUGUUAUCCUACGGCCUCGACGGAUAACACCCUCCGAGAUCUCCAUAAUUCUUCAUAUGAUACGAAAGCCAAAUUCAAUAAUUGUUUUAUUAUUCAUUCAAAAUAAUUGCUAGUUUAAAAAACAAAGCUAAAACAUGCUUACCUCAAUCGAUGUUAAGUUCACCUUCGAUAUAGUCAACGUUGAGGGUUUUUCAGCUCCGCAAAUGUUCUUCAAAUAGCAGAUUUCGCCCUUCGAGUUGUGUUCUUGCUGUUCUUGCCAUGUUUUUAGCUAUAAUUUCGCCUAGUUCUCACUCUUGAAACGAGUGAAUUAUCCGCCAUUUUUUGUUUUCACAACCAAAACAACUCAACCUCGUCCCCAGGUCUUCUCGGUUAACGGUGCCUUAACCUGCAAGAACGCUGCAUUGUUGACGCCAUUUCCUCGUUAAGCACAAAAUUCUUCCAAAUUUGGUCAUCAUUAAAUGGUUAUGGUUAAUUAUGCGUGUGCUUUUAGCCAGUCAGAAUCGGGGAAAUAUUUUCAACAAGAGAGAAUGAGCUAGAUCAUUCUAUCUUGUUUUGAAUGAAUAAUAAUUCUUUUUAAUGCCUCUACUGAUAAAAUUGUCACACUUUGUUGCGACUGAAAAACUAGGCUAAAUGAAAUGCUCCACUUCUUCAACAGGAUUGGAAUAACUUGCAAAACUCAUGCCCGGGAAGAAACUCUGGUGGAGCCUUCCUACAACCCUUCAGACCAGACUUGUACUAUACAAGCUAUGUCGCUAAUAUUCAGCUGCGUAGCAAAAGACUCACCACGCAGGCGCUUAUGCCCGUGUCGUGACUAUCAACCGGAGCAAGUUGCGUUCUGUAAAAACUGUAGAUGAUAGUUAUGUUAAAGGGCAGUUUCACGGAGAACUUGGCUCUUUCUUAAAAUGUAACUGAAGAGGCUAGAAUGCUUCAUUUAAUCAGUAAAUCGCUGUGAUGGCUACGUUUAAAGCCGAAACAUCUCUUCUGUGAACAAAACCGUCCACAGUGUUCCCUUUUUGGCGGUCACGGCAACCGUAACGAGUAGAUGAGGUAGAGGAAUGAUGAAACAAUUCACUACGAAUUCCGACUUCUGUCCAAUCAAACCAAUCAGUCAUUGCGUGGCCAUGGUAGACAAGAAGCCUGACACCGAACAAGGAACCGUAAAUUCACUAUGAAAGGUGACGGAAACCAUUACUGUUGAGAUAUCCGCCCAUACCGAAGUCAGCCCUCUAAAGGCUGAUUCACUUGAGACCCAGAGACUACCUUAACAUGCAUGCGAUCACCACACUCAUUCUCGAGUGUUUCAUUAGGCUGAGAAGGCUUAUCAGAAUGCCGUCCAAAAACGAUAUAAAAUAGUUAAUUUAAAUACAUUAUAAUAACCUAUUUCUAGUGAAACAGAUGCAAAUAUGCCAUAUAAAUAUAGAUAAAUUAAAAUAGGAAAAUAACAUUUGAACCAUCUUUCUGUUUAUUUACAAAAAUCGUGUUAUAUCCAGUGACGGUUCUUAAAUAGUAGAAUUUUGACCAAUGGUAAUCUUGCAAUAGGGUAGUGUCUGUCAAAACUGUGUUAAGAGGUAGGAUACUGUACUUUAACAAGCUGACAGUAACCCGGCAAAAUAAGCAGGUAAAUGAAUUUCGAAAUGGUAGUUCAGACCGUUAAAGGGGUAGUGCCAGUCACUAGAUUUGGUGCUACCCGUGCAGUGGACGCUCUCGUGAGCGAACACCCUCUUCGACGCGCAAAAAAGUGUCGCGUUCUUAAUACUCUUUGAAUUUGCUAUUAUUG